AUGUCAUUUGUGGAAGUUGACGCCUGCUUACUCAGUGGUUCCAGAAGGCAACCGACGUAUCUUGAGUUAUGGGUGGAGGCUCUCUGGAACUGGCUUGGUCUUGAUGGUCCGAGAAAGGGGACGACCUCUGGAGGCGCAAACCCCGUGCCGUUGGCGUCCCCGGCGGGAUGGCCUCGAAAUGACAAGAAUCUCCCCAAGAGCAUCGACCAUGUCAUAAAAGCCAUCACCCCCAUCGCUCGAAUGAAGAACCGAGCGGGCGCAAAGGUGACGUGGAGAUGGGCGUCGAGAUCUGCCCCGCGGAUAAGUGGACGGUCGGGGCUCCCUCGGGCGAGCAGUUUGGCGGCCAAGAGAAUUGCGUAG